AGUGUGUUUCACUGCUGAAUGAUGUGAGAGAGAGCAAACUCAUCGGACUGGUGCAGCAGAACAACGAACAUGCGUUAUUCAUAUAUUCCCAUCGAAGAAUGGCCAUCACUGGUGAUGAUGUCAGACUGGAUGAAAUCAUACCCAUUUCUUAUGACUUCUCAGUUGUUGAAGUUUCAUCUCCAGAUGAGCUUGCUGUUGUUGGUGCAGAUACUCGGGUACGAGUAACUUUUUUUGAAGAGGAGUUGGAGCUGAAGUUACCCUUUGGUUCUCAUACCCGUCUCUUCCUCAGUGAAGUCAAUCGGGCAUGGAGUGAUGUCUGUGAGCAGUAUCCGAAGGAAGAACCAAAAUUUGACUGGCUUACCAAGUACCGUAAGAUGUCAAAAGGAGCUCGAUCACUAAGAAAGUCAAUUGGAGCAACGACUGUCAAGAUGAGACAAAUGAAGAAAUCAGAAAGAGCAGACGCAGCCAACAACAGCGGACAGAAGAAAGAGGACGAGCGGACCAGAGGAGACGGUGUGCAUGAAAGUCAGGAGAGAGUGAAGAGUGAGGUGAGAGAUGACCUGAUCCGAAACUCCCAGCCCAUCCUGGCAAAUAAAUCCCAGAUGCUCGGCAUGCCCCAGUUCGGCCUGCGGGAUAACCUCAUCAAAUGUGAGCUCCUCAAGAAAGAGGAUGCCUACACGUACAUCAAGAACUACAGCUUUUUCUUGGGCACCUACAAUGUGAAUGGCCAGAAUCCAAAGGAAAGUCUCAGUCCAUGGCUGGCAUCCACUGCCUCUCCUCCAGACUUUUACCUCGUGGGUUUCCAGGAGCUGGAUCUGAGUAAGGAGGCGUUUCUCUUCAAUGACACUCCUAAAGAACCCGAGUGGAUGUUAGCAGUCUACAAGGGCCUCCAUCCAGAUGCCAAGUACGCUUUAGUGAAGCUGGUGCGAUUGGUGGGCAUCAUGCUGUUGUUCUAUGUGAAGGCGGAGCAUGCGGCACACAUCUCUGAGGUGGAGGUUGAGACUGUCGGCACAGGCGUCAUGGGGCGGAUGGUGAGUGGUGUCUGUUUUGAGAAGUGCCGAGUUCCAGCAUGGUGUGACCGCAUCCUGUGGAGGGGAAAGAACAUUAAACAGCUUCAUUACCAGAGUCACAUGACUCUGAAGACCAGUGACCACAAACCUGUCAGCUCUCUGCUAGAGAUCGGGAUCAAGGUCGUGAACGAGGAGUCAUAUAAACGGACGUUCGAAGAGAUUGUGAGGCACAUUGACAGAAUGGAGAAUGAUUGUAUUCCUUCAGUGUCUCUGUCUCAAAGAGAGUUCCUCUUCCAUGAUGUGAAGUUCAUGCAGCAUCAGGCAAAGACUGUGACCGUUUAUAAUGAUGGACAGGUGCCGUGUCAGUUUGAGUUCAUUCCAAAGCUGGACGAGCCCACCUACUGCAAGCCCUGGCUAACGGCAAACCCUGCUAAAGGCUUCUUGGCUCAAGACAUCCUGGUUCUGCAUCUGGAGAGGGGUAAAGAUUACUUCAUCUCCAUCACAGGCAACUACCUGCCCAGCUGCUUCGGCUCGUCUCUCAGUACCCUGUGCCUGCUGAGAGAACCCAUCCAGGACAUGCCCCUGGAGACCAUCAGAGAGCUGAGUAUGAAGUCGAAUAGCCAAGUGAGUAACCCAGAGACUGAUAAACCUCAAGAAAUCCCCAAGGAAAUAUGGAUGAUGGUGGACCAUCUCUUCCGUUAUGCAAAAAAACAGGAAGAGCUAUUUCAACAGCCCGGCCUACGCAGCGAGUUUGAGGAGAUUCGGGAUUGUUUGGACACGGGCAGCUUAGACACUCUCCCUGGCAGUAACCACUCUGUGGCUGAAGCCCUGCUCCUGUUCCUCGAUGCCCUUCCUGAACCAGUGAUUCCCUUCUCCUUCUACCCACAGUGCUUAGACUCCUGCUCAGACAGCAGCCAGUGUAGACAGAUCAUUUCUGUGCUACCUCAGUGCCAUAAAAAUGUUUUUAACUAUUUGACGGCCUUUCUUCAGGAGCUCUUGAAGCACUCUGCACACAACCGGCUGGAUGUCAAUAUUUUAGCCCCGAUCUUUGCUGGCCUUUUGCUCAGGUCCCCCACAAAGCAAGAUCUCACAGAGAAAAGAAAGGUGAAGGAGUUUUUCCAGCAUUUCUUGGUCCAGACGCCCUCUGACAGAGACAUUCACGAUAAAUUACCUGAAUAAUGUACGGCAUCGUGUUGCCUUUAUUAUUUCACAUGCCUAGUUUUUCCAGGUAUCAGCAGAAUUAUGUCGAUAAACUUUGUAGUUGCCAUUUAAUUCAAAGCAUUUUAAACCGAUAUUGAAGCUUUUUUUGUUUUAUUGCGAAACAAACGGGAGUUUUUAGUUGAAAAA